AUGAUUUCUGGGCGAGGGGGCUCGGGCGCGCGAGGUGCUCGCAUCCGUCCGCCUCGCCGCAUUGCUCGCCCAAAUGCCCCAGCCGAAGGGGCCGAUUUCGACGCUUGCUGGGAGCUUCUUCGCGAAGCGCUCAGGGACAUCCAUAACAAGAACUGCAGUCGACUCUCGUUCGAAGAGCUGUACCGGGCCGCCUACAAGAUCGUUCUUAUGAAGAAGGGAGAUGAGCUGUACAACCGGGUCACAAAGUUCGAGGAGGAGUGGUUCGCCGAGAAUGUCAUUCCCAAGAUUGAGCAGCUGGUGACGCGAAGCUUGGUCAACAUUGGAGAAGACCGCAGCGCGGCGACGUCGGCGAACGAGAGGCGUCAGACGGGAGAGAAGUUUCUCAAGGGCCUUCGAGACACAUGGGACGAUCAUAACAUGUCGAUGAACAUGACCGCAGACAUCCUCAUGUACCUCGACCGCGGAUUCACACAAGCCGAUCCGAAUCGCGUGUCGAUCUUCGCCACAACGAUUGCCCUUUUCCGAGAUCAUAUCCUACAGUCCAAGCUGGACGCCACCUCAGAUCGGUCUGUGGUCGACAUCCUGAUCUCGGUAAUACUGGACCAAAUUGAGAUGGAAAGAGAGGGCGAUGUCAUUGACAGGACCCUGAUCCGCAGCUGCAGCAGGAUGCUGAGCUGCCUCUUCCAAAACCAGCUGGAGAAUGAAUCUGAGAAGCUGUACUUGGUGCUCUUUGAGCCAAAGUUUAUUGAGGCUAGCGAAGCCUACUAUGAGGCCGAGUGUGAGCACUUGCUGCGGCAAGCCGACGCCAGUUCUUGGUUACGACACACGGAAAAGCGCCUGGGGGAGGAGACGGAUCGCUGUGGCACUACCAUUGAGCUGGAGACGUUGCCCAAGGUUCACCAAACCAUCGACAACUACCUUAUAAAGAGUCACCUGGAUGAAUUUCUGGCCCUCGAUGUCACUGGUCUGAGAUGGAUGAUCGAUAAUGACAAGUUUAACGACCUUUCGAUACUCUACCGCCUGGUCAGUCGCAUAGACGAGAACAAGACGGCACUCAAAAACAUUGUCCAGCGCCGGGUCAUGGAGCUCGGGCACGAGAUCGAGAAAGCCCUCAAGGGCAUAGACUUCUCCAUGGGUCUAGCGGAAGGCGAAGAGGGUGGCGAGGGCGAGAAGAAGCCACUCAACCCCGCCGCGCAACAGACAGCUGCCGCCAUUAAAUGGGUUGACGACGUGUUGCGGUUGAAGGACAAGUUUGACGCCAUCCUCAAGGAGUGUUUCCAGGAGGAUUUGGUUCUCCAGGCUGCUGUCAGCAAGAGUUUCACCGAGUUCAUCAACGUCUUUGGUCGAUGUACCGAAUACGUCUCGCUGUUCAUUGACGAAAACCUGAAACGAGGCAUCAGGGGCAAAACAGAGGCUGAAGUCGACGUUGUGCUGGAGAAGGCCAUUGUUUUGAUUAGGUAUCUUCAGGACAGGGACCUGUUCCAGACCUACUACCAGCGCCAUCUGGCCCGCCGCUUGCUACAUAACAAGUCGGAAAGUCACGAUGUGGAGAAGCAGAUCAUUUCGCGCAUGAAGCAGGAGCUCGGCCAGCAGUUCACUAGCAAGUUCGAGGGCAUGUUCCGCGAUCUGGUCACAUCAUCCGAGCUGACGACAGGCUACCGUGACCACAUGAACGUCGCAGGGGAAGGCGAGAAGACCAUUGACCUGAACAUCAGCGUCCUCACGACCAACUACUGGCCCGCCGAGGUCAUGGGCCGGUCCGCGCAGAUCGGUGCCGAGUCGCGCGUGACUUGCACAUAUCCCCGAGAAGUGUCGCGUCUGCAAGCAAGCUUUGAGCAGUUCUAUCUCUCCAGUCGCAACGGCCGAAAGCUAACGUGGAUCGGCACGACCGGCAGCGCCGAUGUCAAGUGCGUGUUUCCGGCGGUUCCUGGCAAGUCGGGCGCGCUGGCCAAGGAGAGACGGUACGAGAUCAACGUGCCGACCUUUGGCAUGGUUGUCCUGCUCCUGUUCAACGAUCUGGAGGACGGAGGAUCGCUGUCCUUUGAGGAAAUCCAAGCUAAGACCAGCAUCUCCACCACUGAUCUGAUGCGGACACUCACGGCCAUCGCCGUGGCACCCAAGUCCCGGGUGCUCGCCAAGGAGCCCCUGACGAAAUCAAUCAAGCCUGGGGACAAGUUCACCUUCAACAACUCGUUCCUGAGCAAAACGGUCCGCAUCAAGGCCCCGUUGAUCAAUGCGGUGUCCAAGGUGGAGGACAGCACCGAGAGAAAGACGACUGAAGACAAGGCGAACCAGACCCGCGCGCACGUUGUGGAUGCAGCCAUUGUGAGGAUCAUGAAGUCACGCAAAGAAUUGAGUCACGCGCAACUUGUGAGCGAGGUGCUUAAUGUGCUCGUCGGUCGCUUCAAGCCGGACGUUUCGCUCAUCAAGAAGCGCAUCGAGGACCUGAUUACACGCGAGUAUCUCGAGCGGCCCGACGAGGACGGCGCCCCCUCGACAUAUCGUUACGUAGCGUAG